AUGGGCUGUCUUGGCGGGAAAACGGAGGAAGAACGUUUGGAUGAAAAAGCGAAACGAGAAGCGAACAAGAAGAUCGAGAGGCAGCUGCAGAAAGAGAGACAGGCGUAUAAAGCGACACACAGACUGUUACUGCUGGGUUAGCCUGUCCGUCCCUCACCUGUCUCACCUGUCCGUCUUUACCUGUCCGUCUUUGUCUUACCGCUCUCUCCUUUCACCUGUCCGUCUGUAGGAGCAGGUGAAUCAGGUAAAAGUACGAUCGUGAAGCAGAUGAGGAUUCUUCAUGUUGACGGUUUUAAUGCUGAGUGAGUCAAACUUUGUUUUCCAAACCAUCCGCCGGUGCUUUUAUUUUGAAAUUUGUCUACACUUCCUUUUUUAUGCUCUUGUAUAAGGCAACAAAAAUACUUAUGAUACAUUUUAUAUCAAAUUUAUAUCAGAUUCGGCCCCUCUGAUUGGCUAACAGAUUAAAAAAAGUGAAUACAGCACUCUGAUUGGCUAAAAUUUUCUGUUUUUAGAGAGAAGCAGCAGAAGAUCCAAGACAUCAGGAAGAAUGUGAAAGACGCCAUCGUGGUAGGUCACAUGUCCUGUGUCACAUGACACACGUCACAUGAUUGACCACUAAUGCAGAGUUUGUGUGUUUGUGUCGCAGACCAUCGUGUCAGCCAUGAGUAUGUUGACUCCGCCCAUUCCUCUUGGUAACCCUGGCAACCAGUUCAGGAUUGACUAUAUCAAGAGUAUCGCGCCGCUGUCUGACUUUGAAUACACAGAGGUAACACACACACACACACACACACACACACACAUGCACACACACACACACACACAUGCACACACACACACACACACACACACACACGGUUCUUUGAUAUAAAGUCAUUUCCAGGUGCUCAGAUGUGGUUGGUCACCAGAGAAUGCUAACAUGCUAACAUGCUAACAGAAGUGUGGUCACAUGACUUUGGUCUGUGAUGUGGUUGGUCAGUUUCUGCUCUACAGUGAGUCAUGAGGGCGUCACUCAGUGGGUUUACGGUCACAGUUUAAUCGGACUAAGCUCAUUAUUCGUUUUUUUUUCACCGAAUCAGACUUCUCUCCUUCUCUCCACAAAUUAUUGACGUGAACGUGUCCUCCUACCCAAUUCAGUUUACAGUGUCCAACGCUAACAGGCUAGUGUUAGCAUGCUAAUAGGUCAGCCGUGAGCACAGGUGAGCUCACCUGUCAGAGUGAAACAGGUAAACGUUUCUUUAAAGCACCAGGAGAGACGGUUGUUUGUUUGAAUGAUGAUAAUGACCUGAUGUAACGAGUUGACUCGGGACUUAACCAGCGCUCGUGUGUGUGCGCAUAUGUGUGUGUGUGUGUGUGUGUGUGUGUGUGUGUGUGUGUGUGUGUGUGUGUGUGUGCGCGUGUCUCACCUGAGGCCUCAUUAUCAAAAAGUCUCUAAAGACACGGAGACAAAACAAGUGUCUUCCUGUGUCGCCUCUAAACUCUUCACUCACUCACACACACACACACACACACACACACACACACACACACACACACACACACACACACACACACACACAGGUAUCACUCUCACCUGUUUACACUGGAUCAUAGUUUACAUGUGAUUUGGCCAGUUUGUCAUAGUUGACGUGUUAAAACUGCGUGGGCAUCAGGUCUGGGGAAAAUGCAAAUGCAAAUGACAAAUUUGCUCCUUAGCGCCCCCUGUGCUUAGAGGGGUCUGGACCUGAACAUGUCCAUCUUACCCCCAACUAAAAGGUCGUAUCCUCCGAUCGUAGCUGAUCGUAACCAUUCAAGUUAACGUGUCAAUUUACACCGACUUCUUUCCGUUCCUCUGCGGAUCGCCGGACUCCUCAGCUGAUCACAAGAGUUCUAUUUUUUCUGGACGCCGGAGCAUGGCGGAUAAAUUCAGCACAGAUUAACCCGCGCUGGAAAGGAAGUCGGGCACAGACACAAAAUAAAACAUCCGGCUUCUUUUCAAAAUAAAACACUCCGUGUUUCAGGAGGAUCGUAUUUCACACCAUGCAAACGGGCGGAGAUGAACAAGUGAAAGGUUUUUAGACGUCAUUUCACCCCGAUGACACCAUGGAUGAGGAGAUGCUGAUUCUAGAAGUCUAGAAGUAGAUUUCCUCCUCUGGAAGGACACAAUCUACUGCUUAUAUGGUUAGCCCCGUGAAUUUGUGGGUUCUUGUGAGUUCUCGUGAUUACCGUUGUCUGUCGUCCACCAUGAAAUUCGCCUAACUAACGGAUCCAGUAGGAAUUGGCGGACGGUGAAAAUCGCUGCCGUUCCGGAUGUGAUGGAACUUGGGGGUUACUCUUGUUGUUUUAUUUCCUACUUGCAGCAGGAAGUUACUGUCUUCACAAUCAUGUUUAUAUUCAUUACGGCUGAUAUUUGACUUUUUAUCCUGUAUCUGUCUGUCUGUCCCUCAGGACUUCUUUGAGCACGCUCAGAAGCUGUGGGAGGAUGAUGGCGUGAAGGCUUGUUUCGAACGCUCCAAUGAAUACCAGCUGAUUGACUGCGCUAAGUAGUAAGACACACACACACACACACACACACACACACAAACACACACAGUCACACUCAUACACACUCAAUCUUCCAUUACACUGCUCAGAGUAGCUUUGACAUUUUUACUCCCAAUGGACCAAUCAGAAUGCUCUGCUAACCUGCAGGGGGAGGUGUGAUGUCCCACUGAGUUAAGAAUAGAAUCACCUGAUCAUACCUGUGUGUGUAUAUGUGUGUGUGUGUGUGUGUGUGUGUGUGUGUGUGUGUGUGUGUGUGUGUGUGUGCAGCUUCCUGGACAGGUUGGAUGCUGUCAGGAGGACAGACUACACACCUACUGACCAGGUAACAAUCCAACCAAUCACAUUGCAGCGUUCUGAUGACUCAUCUGUUGCCAUGCUCUCAGUGGAAGGGUUUUCUCUCUCUCUCUUUCUCCUGUAGGAUUUGUUGCGCUGCAGAGUUUUGACUUCAGGGAUUUUUGAGACCAGGUUUCAGGUCGAUAAGGUCAACUUCCAGUGAGUGUGUUAAGCCCCGCCCCCUCUGUCCACUUGCACCAAUCACCUGUCUCCUCCACCUGACUGCUGCUUGUUUUUUUUUAAUAAAACAUUCAGUGUGAUUUAAAUCAUACACAGACUUCCCAAAAGCAGAUGGAAUCCUAACUGUAUAUCCACCCUGUUUACAUCCCCUGAAGCAUCAUGGGAGCUGUAGUUCAAGCACUCUGAGCAUCAGUAGAAUCACAUAAAUUAUCUUUGUAUCAUUUAAACUUAAAUUAAACCAAAUACUAACCUGUAGUUAGAAGCUGUUUACGUGUUACCUGACCAGCACACCUGUCUCUUCACCUGUCAGUAUGUUUGAUGUAGGAGGACAAAGAGACGAGCGCAGGAAGUGGAUUCAGUGCUUUAACGGUGAGUAAUGAACGGACAGGUGAACGUUAUGGACAGGUCAACAGGUGAGUUUACAAGUCUCAGAGUGUUUCACAGGAUGAUACAGGUGUAUGUAGACAGAGGUUGCAGGUUUUUAUAGUAACUUUGAGUUAAACAGGUGUAUAUGAUGGACAGGUGAGUGUCACAGACAGGUGUACAGGUGUUGAGUGUUCCUCUGUCUCCAGAUGUGACAGCGAUCAUCUUUGUGGCUGCGAGCAGCAGCUACAACAUGGUGAUCAGAGAGGACAACUCCACCAACCGCCUGAGAGAGUCACUCGACCUCUUCAGAUCCAUCUGGACCAACAGGUAACAAGCUGCUCUCUGAUUGGCUCAGGUUAACUCUGUUUGGACCGAACUUUAUUUAAGGGCAGUGUCAUGAACCAUAGCACAGACUGGAGGACACAACAGCACGACACCGAUUCAGCUUUGUUAAACAGACAGGGUUUAAUGAAGGUCAGGUAAAGGUCGGUACACAGGAAGGUCAGGCAGAGGGACCAAAAACGUGAGGUAAAGGGAAGAUCCAGAAAUGCAGGCAAAGGUGAAACCGAAUUCUCGGGUUAUGAUCAAUUACAGGGACAGCUUGUUAUUAAAUAAAGGAUCAGUUUUACUUAAAGCAGGUAAAAGAGGUGAUAGACGACUUUCUUCCAAUCAGAAGGAACUUUAAAUGACCCCGGACUAGAGAUUCUGGGGACAAUGAGAAAAGGCUGUUGCUAAAAUCUGGGAUGAUAUGAAUAUGGAACCAGAAGCUCUUCUGUGUUGGACGAUUAAAACUGAAACAUUUUCUAAUUGGCUGUUGUUACCCUCUCUGCUCUCUGAUUGGCUGCAGGUUUCUGAAGACCAUCUCAGUGAUUUUGUUCCUGAACAAACAGGACGUCCUCGCCGACAAAAUUUUGGCGGGAAAGUCUAAACUGGAGGAUUAUUUCCCUGAGUACACAAACUACCAAGUACCUCCUGAAGGUAAGACGUGUUUCACCGCCACAACAACAUGGAGGCAGAUUUUCAGCUUCAUAUAUUUAACUAUGGGUGGAAAUGAAGCAAAACAUCCAGUCCAUGACAGAUACCGAACAACACACACCACAUGAAAACAUGGUUUCACACACACACAUGAUCUAUACAUAUGUCUGUGUGUGUGUGUGUGUGUCUGCAGCUGUACCAGAUGCUGAUGAAGACCCCAGGGUGACCAGAGCCAAGUUCUUUAUUAGAGACGAGUUUCUGGUAACUAAACCACCUGUCUGUCUCUCACCUGUCCAUGAACCGUCUUUCUCUCUCCCUCUGACCUGUCCCUCUCACCUCUGUCUGUAAUGAGUCUGUUUUUUUGUGUCUCUUGUCUGCCAAACUGUCUCUCACCUGUUCUCUCACCUGUCUGUCUCUCAGAGGAUCAGCACAGCGAGCGGCGAUGGGAAACAUUACUGUUAUCCUCACUUCACCUGUGCGGUCGACACUGAAAACAUUCGCAGAGUUUUCAACGACUGUCGGGACAUCAUCCAGCGCAUGCACCUGCGGCAGUACGAGCUUCUCUGA